CGGGAUGUGACAUCAUGAGGGGGCGGUGCUUUGAUGUCACAAGCUCCCGGCACUGGCUCCGGCGUUCGGAACAGUUUGCUGAGCAGUGGAGUACCCAGUUUAAGGAUCCAAGUUUAAACAUCUCUAAUUUGGAAUAAGGGUAACAUGGAAAAUACCUUCAACGUCAGCAAAAAUCUGGUCCUCCUGGGACUUGUAGAGAUGGAAGGACAAAAAUAUCUGUACUGUGUCCUGUCUAUUGUCCUAUAUUCAUUCAUUGUACUCUUAAGUGUUGUCAUUGUAUUUGUCAUAUUUGUAGAUCAACGGUUACACGAACCCAUGUACAUCCUUAUAAGUAAACUGGUGCUUAAUGGAAUUUUUGGAAGUUCUGUGCUUUUCCCAAAGUUGAUAGUCGACCUCAUCUCAUCAUCCACGACCAUCACUCAUGGUAACUGUGCCGCUCAAGCUCUGUGUGUUGGCUUAUUUGCCUUCUAUGAAAUGAGCACCUUCACCAUAAUGGCGUAUGACCGAUAUUUGGCCGUUUGUUUCCCGCUACACUAUGGCAUGUUGGUAACCAAUGAGAGGAUUAUAAAUGUCAUCAUUGGAUCCUUACUGGUGGACUCCAUUCUUGUACUCAUAGGCUUGGUCCUCACAUGGAUUCUUCCUCUUUGUGGGAACAAGAUAAACAAUAUUAUUUGUGACAAUAUGUCCAUGGUCAUUCUCUCCUGUGGGGACUCUUCCCUCAGUCAACUGUUCGCCGCUUCCUUUGUCACCAUUUACUUGUGUGUCACCAUCUUGGUCACCAUUUUCUCUAACCUACAGAUAUUUGUUGUCUGCUUGAAAGUGUCAGGGGAAUCACGUCAGAAAGCCGUCCACACCCUGGUCACCCAUCUACUCAACUUCUCUGUCUUUUUAAUAGGACUUUUAUUUGUUUUCAUCCGGUACAGGCUGAGCAGUGUUAGGCUCCUGACUAUUGGACAUAUUCUACUCUCAGUCACAUCUCUCAUUGUUCCACCAUUGUUUAACCCCUUGAUCUAUGGAUUCCGGACACAUGCUCUGAAGAUGAGGGUUACUCACAAUUUGCAGAAAAUGCCCGCUUGGCCUAAAAUGACUAAAAUACACGGGCCAUCUAUAUCUAAAUUAGUCAUAAGUCACAAUCAGAGUUAAUCAGUAGCAAAAAAAAUAAGAAAUAAAGGUCAAGUUAUUCCACAAUGUAUCUGCAUCUUAUUGAGAGGUGUAAAAACUAACCAUGAGGCACUAUAGUAAAAUUG